GGCGGCGUGCGCCCCCCGGGACGGGUGCCGAGGCGAGCUGUUCCCCGCGGCGGCGGGUGCUGCCGUCGGGCGGGAGUUGGAGGAGGAGCCCCGGCGGCAGCGGGCAGAGGCGCGCAUGGAGCGGCUGGGGAGCAACGGGAGCUGCCCGGGCUGCCGGCUGGAGGGGGGUCCGUCGGCGCGGGCCGCCACCGCCCUGGCGGCCGUGCUCAUCUUCACCAUCGUGGUGGACGUGCUGGGCAACGCGCUGGUCAUCCUCUCGGUGCUGAGGAACAAGAAGCUCCGCAACGCCGGCAACAUCUUUGUCGUCAGUUUGUCUGUUGCAGACCUUGUAGUUGCAGUUUAUCCGUACCCUCUGAUCCUGAGUGCCAUUUUCCAUAACGGAUGGACCAUGGGAAAUGUUCACUGCCAGAUAAGCGGGUUCCUGAUGGGCUUAAGUGUCAUUGGGUCCAUUUUCAACAUCACAGCGAUCGCAAUCAACCGCUACUGCUAUAUCUGCCACAGCCUUCGGUACGAUAGACUUUUCAACCUGAAGAACACAUACUGCUAUCUCUGCCUGACCUGGAUACUCACAGUGGUGGCAAUUGUGCCGAACUUCUUUGUUGGCUCCUUGCAGUAUGACCCCCGGAUUUACUCCUGCACCUUUGCCCAGACGGUGAGUACAUCAUACACCAUCACAGUGGUGGUGGUUCACUUCAUCGUCCCACUGUCCAUCGUGACGUUUUGCUACCUAAGGAUCUGGAUUUUGGUGAUUCAAGUCAAACACCGGGUGAGACAAGACUGCAAGCAGAAGCUCAGAGCAGCUGACAUCCGGAAUUUCUUGACUAUGUUUGUGGUUUUUGUCCUUUUCGCUGUGUGCUGGGGACCGUUAAACUUUAUUGGCCUUGCUGUUUCAAUUAAUCCUUCAAAAGUGGAGCCGCACAUUCCAGAAUGGCUUUUUGUCCUGAGCUAUUUUAUGGCCUACUUUAACAGCUGCCUCAAUGCUGUGAUCUAUGGGCUUCUUAACCAGAAUUUCCGGAAGGAGUACAAAAGGAUACUGCUGACACUCCGGACUCCCAAGUUGCUGUUCAUCGAUGUGUCCAAGGGUGGGACAGAAGGGAUGAAAAGCAAGCCAUCUCCAGCCAUAACAAACAACAACAACAACCAAGCUGAAAUACACUUAUGAGUCAGAACAGUACUAUUUAUUUUGGAUUACAGUCAUAUAUAUAUUAUAUAAGAGCCUUUCUAUGUGUGCAUUUCACGGCUGGAGUUGCUGGGCUCCUCAUGCAAGGAAGGAGUCUGCUACCUUUCAUGCUUAGCUUAUUGCAGCGACGUCGAGGCUUUGAGUAAGGAUUUUCAGAAGGGAAAUGGCUGAUCUUUAUCUUUUAUUUUUUUUCCUAUGCCAUCUUUCACCAUGUGCCUAAUUAAUCGGUUUGGUUGCUUUUGCCACAAGCAUGCCAAUACCCUCAAAAAGGGAAGCGUUCAGAGUGCAUGGAGAAAUGCAGUUAUGCUUGAAAUUCAACCUUCAAGAGCCAGCAAAAUUGCCAUGUAUUACAAACAAACCUUUCUCCUCUCCCUCUGAAUUCUAUUUUUUUAGCAUUAACAUAACCCAAACUAUAGCAAACAAAGUGUAAAGUGCAUGACUUUUUACCUUUUCAGCUAGGUAACAGUAUUAGCCAGCAGGCAUACAUAUGGGCAUGAUGACUUCCACUGUGUAUGCAUUCAUUUUCCUUUUUCUUUUCUCUUAAGGUUUAGACGCUAACCUGGGCUAGAUGUGAGGCAGGAAAAAGCCAGGCUUAGUGAGUGUCUGAUGCACUCAUUUUAAUUGAAUAUCUACAGAUAUUAAGUACCCUUGCACUCUCUUUCCCAGGCCAUGAGUAAGAGUAUAACAUAUGAUGUAAUCUAAUUGCAGGAAGAUACUUGGAGCCUGAUUCUAAUUUAGGCAGUAUCCUGUCAGGGCCAGCAUUCAUUCCAAACGUCUUUCAGAAGUCUCUGCUACAUGAACAUCAUAAAAAAGAUGAACGUAGCAGAGUCCCAUCUGUUUAAUGCAGAUGCCAGCUUUUAAGUUCCAGUAGUAUUUACACUUGCAGACAAAGGGAGAAGGGGAAGGAAGUGUUUGUUCCAAACAUCUCUCCUUUUGCCUACCACACAACAUGAAUUUGAUUGGGGGGGGGAUAAUUUUUCCACUUUAUUCAUGUACAAAGCUGUAAUUAAUUCAUGGAGCUGGGAGAGCUACUUAAGCAUAUUCAUGCAUCAGUUCUCCGUUAAAGCCUGAACUCUGUCAUUAGUAACAAUGUCCUGAAAUGCUGGGAAGGCCAGUAUCACAUUAGAAACAAGCACAUGAGCAAAGGCUGUUUCUUUAAUGGAGUUUGUGGGGGGGUGACAGCAGCUGUCUGUUAAUAUGACUACUUCUUUUUUUCCUUAGCUUCAUUGUGAAUUCAUCUCCUUAUGGUUUUAAACAUGUGGAUCCUGCUUUGAAACAGUGCCACAAAAUCAACAGGUAAAACUCUCCUGGUGCAACUCUACCUUCAAGGUAGCAAAGCUGGCUUGAUGGUGGGGUACUGAGAGGCACAGCGGGAGCUGUGCGAUGGAGAGGAGCUGGUCUGAGCCCCAUGGGUCUAAUGAGGACAGCAGUCAGCCCUGCUCCUGAUCAAAGGGUGCAGUCUUCCCUCUUUGAUCAUAGUCAAAGCAGGACUAGUUCCCAGGGCUGAACCCUGAAACACUGAGAACCAGAUUUUGCAAUAGCAUGUAGGUGCCUAGAGAUGGAGGUAUGCAGGAUUUACAAAAACCCUGAGCAGGUUAAGUGCCUAAUCCUCAGUGAAGUUAAACAAGCCAUUUGUGCAUUGCUUGCUGAAAGCAACAUCUUGCUGAAUGUUCCUUCUACUGAUUUUUUUGGGGGGAAGAGGAGUUGAGAGAAGUUAAGGCCCUUUAUGAAGUGGGCCAAGAAACGUUGCAUGGCGCAUUGCUUCAGUGAGGACUGCAGCGUGUGUGCUGCCACGUGGUGAAGGUUGCUGCAAUGCAAGGGGGAAUCUCUGCAUUUAUAGGGCACCCUGGCACUUUGUGAAGUUUCAAAUUUGAACAUCUCAACUGCUUCAGAUGAUUAUUGUUUUAAAAUGCACCGCAGCCAGCCUCCCAUAAUAGGAAUCAAACUGAGUUCUGUUUUGGCCUUUUAAUCUGCCUGAGCAUGGCCAAAUAAAGGUAUCUUGACCCUCAGAAAUAAUGUAGUCCGUCUGCCUUCCAGCAAAAACCAGUCUGGAUGAAUUCACACCAUUCCAUGCAAACAAAAUCAUUUUGACUCAAACUUGGAUAAGAAAAGCACUGAGGAAUCCAUAACUGCAGGGAGUGUUUGUCCCAUCACACCAAGGAGAUGUCCCAUGUUCUGUGACUAGUCUUCAAAGUCGUUUGCAAUUAGGCACAACAGUGUUAAUUAGAAUCACAUUAGCAAAUAACUUUAAGCAUCUAGCGCCAAGCCAAAUAUACUCCUUUAAGACAAUCAUGAAGAAUCUUGCACAAGUUUGCAAAAUGUCUCAAAUACCCCACAACUGGGGUUUCAUCUUAUGGAUCCUUGUCUUUUUGACUGAAUAUUCAGUGAAGGCAAUGUGGUAUUUUUUUUUUUCUUUAAGUUUGUAUUUGCACUAUUUCUUAUUCAGGCUCCAAAGUAACAGCCAGUGAGCAUUUGAACCAAACCAAGUAAGCCAAAGAGGUCCCAAACAGGCAAGCUGUGGGAGUCUCUGCUAGAGAGGUAGGUAGGAAGGGGAGCAGCAGGAGCAUGGUAGGGCAUGUCCCCAGGACUCUCAUGCAGAGAGUCACUGCCGAACCAAACUAUGCAAAGUGACGGGGAUCUACUCGCCUUCUGCUGUAGGGUCUGAGCCUGGCUCCUGCCCACAUCUUUGCAGGGGACAGGCUAAAUACCUGGGGUGGGUCCUGAGCAGCUCCCUGCACGUGCAGACCCUGCCACCACCACACAGGCUGGGGAUGGGUCUCCAACGGGCACCGUCUGUCUAACAGCACCGAGAGCUUGCCCUAGCAUGACCCGUUUGGAAGGGCUUUGGAUAUCCGAGUAUAAGUGAGGGCUGCCCAAGAGCGAGCCUGGAGCUGGGAUGAUUCAGACGCCACGGUUGAAGGCCUGAGCUCAGUCCUGCUGGAGCUGAGGUUUGCAAUAUGAAACAUGAAAAGCAGGGAACAUGGCUUCAGACAGAAAACACUGUGCCAUUUGCUAGAACUUUGAUACAGAGACAGUGCUUAGGAUAGGAGAGAUUUUUAUACUGACUAAUUUUAAAACUACCCAAGCAGCUCCUUAUUUUUAUGUUAAGAAAUGGUUAACAGGGUACAGAGAGUUUAUUUUGUUAACAUUUGUUUACAGAAAAAGGGAAAAAGUGUCUUAAACUUGGAAUCCUGAGCAGUGUCAGAAUCCCUUUGGGAAUCUAGCUUUAAUCCGAAUUUGAGCUUUCAAGGAGAUCCCACAGCUUAAACCACGCUCUGUCAAUUCCACCUGUUGCAUACCUGGCCUUAAGUCUCAGAAAUAACAUUGAGAUCUCCUAUAAACUGGCUUUAAAGCACUUGCUCUGGAUUUGACCUGGUGGUGUUGAAUACCUAUUCUAGCCCCAAACUCUAAAGUUGUCGUAGUGACCAUGAACUUGUGGAGAGGCAGUAUUGCCGUGAAGGAAGAUGAAUCUCUUGCCAUAAAGAAAUACUUUUGGAUGUUGCUAAUGAAUGUUGUUUAAUCUAUUUAAGAAUGUAACCAAUAUAUUUAUAUAUAAAUAUAUAUUGCAUAUACUGUUUCCAUUUUAUCAUUUGAUUAAGAAUCCUUCAGUAUACUUCCUUAUUGCUAUUUUUGUUCAUAAAGUAGAUUCAUUCCCUGUACCUGUUAAAAUUGUAAUAAAUCUGCCAUUG